UUUUGAACACAUACUUCUGUUUCAGACUGCGCGCACCUGUUGGAUGUCGUAGCCGUUGUAGAUGGCUCUGACAGCAUCUUAGAUGACGAAUUUAUCCUUCUGAAGGAUUCCCUUAUUCAGUUGACAAACUGGCUGAACCUUGGAGAGGAAGGUCAAAUGUUUGGUGCCGUGGUGUACAGUUCGUCUGUAUCUGACGUAGCACACCUCAGCACCAACCGGUCCCAGCUGCAGACCCAGAUAAACCAGUUUGAACACCCCCAGGAAGGGACAAACACGCACCUUGGAAUCGCCAAAAUGACCGAGAUUAUGAGGAAUGAGAGUCGUCCUGGCGUUCCCAAAGUAGGCAUCGUCAUCACCGACGGACGGUCACGUUAUCCCGAGAGAACUGCUCAGGAAGCUACAGCUGCUAAGGCGAUCGGCAUUGAGAUGUUUGCAAUUGGAAUCGGUUCAAGUAUCAGAAUAUCAGAACUGAGAGACAUUGCCUCAUCUAACGCCAAUGUCAAGAAUAUCAGCUCUUUUAGUGAACUCAACAAUAUUACCCUCAGUCUGGUACAGAAGGUCUGCAAAGUUGACGGAAACUGGACCGAGUGGACGGACACUACCGGUGUGUGUUCUGUAUCCUGUGGAGGAGGCUCUAGAACCAUCAACAGAACCAGGACCUGCACCAACCCAGCACCCAGCAACGGCGGACGGGACUGUGUAGGAUCACCUUCAGAUCGAUACGCAGAGGUUUGCAACACCAAUGGCUGCCCAGUUGACGGAAACUGGACUGAAUGGACGGUUACUGAGGGAGUGUGUUCAGCAUCUUGUGGAGGAGGCUCCAGAACCAUCUCCAGGAGCAGGACCUGCACCAACCCUUCUCCUAGCAACGGUGGAGAGACCUGUGUAGGAUCACCUACAGAUCGAUACACAGAGAUCUGCAACACCAAUCGAUGUCCAGUUGAUGGGGGCUGGUCAAACUGGAUCAUUACCACAAGCGACUGUUCAGCAUCUUGUGGAGGUGGAUAUAGAACUGUCACAAGUACUAGAACCUGCACCAGUCCUGCUCCAAGAGACGGCGGUGCUGACUGUGUAGGCUCCUCCACAGACACAUACGCAGAAACCUGCAACACAGAAGGAUGCAAUGAUCCAUGCAGUGGUUGCCGGUAUGUCAACGGUAUUGGGUACAUCCCUGACCCCAGCGACUGCUCCCGGUUCAUUCAGUGCCAAGAACCCAGACCCGGCAAUACUACUAUUUUCCAUAGAAUGCAAUGUAGUCCUGGACUGUACUGGAACCAACAGCAUCUGGUGUGUGAUUGGCCAGCCAACGUCAUCUGCACAGUGGAAGCUGAAGAGGAAGCAUUUGCUCCAUCGACUGCAGCACCAUCAACAGCUGCUCCGCUGACACCCCUUCCCUCGUCGUUGUGCGACGGCUCCAAGAAGGCAAAGCCAGGAAAUACAGCUCAGUAUCAGGAACUGAUACAUGGAAACUGGAUCACCAGAUUCUGUGCUCCAGGAACUGUGUACUCUACGACCAGUUGUAGCUGCAUCACCGGUCAGAAUGCCGCGUCCCCAGUUUGCCAGGCGGAGGUUUACCUUCCUUUCAACAGUGACGUGAACGACCAUUCGACUAACCACCACUAUGUACAAAACACUGGCGUUGUAACUACCAACAGUGGCCACGGCGUCUUCAGCAACAACACCCAACUCCGGAUCCAACGGUUCUCCAACAUGCAUUUCGGGAAGACUCUGAUCAUCUCAUUUUCGUUCAAACGCACUCAGGCUACAAGCAGAGCUCAGGCUAUCGUCACCAACGAUGACUGCGGGCAUGGUGUCAGCAUCUACAUCACCACUCAGCGGUCAACCGUGCAGUUUCGUGUUGUCAAUAGCAACAACGUUACGCAUACUUUAAAUGUAUCGUACACAGCCACCACGUCCUUGAAUGAGGUGAAGCUGAUCGUCAAGGAUGGACUGAUGAAGGUUGAAGUCAAUAACCGCAGAUUACAGAGGACAUUUGAUGGUAACAACGGGAAAAGCCAGUGUGCACUGCAGGUCGGGUACGGUGAUGGCAUGGACUUCUUCCACGGCGUCCUGGAAGAAUUCAAAGUAUACAUCUGCGAUCCAGAGAGCCUGUAGUUGAACAUAGUGUUUCAUCAAGACCAACCAAGAAGUCAAAAUGCCGUUUUUAAUAUCAACUCGCAGUAUUAAACAGUAUGGCGCA